UUGCUGACUUUCAAAAAGCUCAACAACAAACUAUUCUGAUUCAUACUUUUAUAUAGUGUAGGAGAUUCUGUGUACCAAUUAUAUCCUUACUGAUCAGGGCAAGCCUCUCUUAGUGACACAUUUCCUUUAGACAUAUACACAGUGUUCCAAAAGGAGACUCCCUUUAGAGAUAUCUAAGAAAUCCUGAGAUUACAGUGCCACAAGACCGACAAGAAGAAUAUCCUGGGUGUUAAGUGAAUUAUUCCUGACUUUUUUUAAAUCCACACUUUCAGAAAAAAAGCCUGCUUCAUGGACUACACGGAAGAAGAAUAUUCUGAUGAAUAUUAUAAUUAUAAUGAAAGUUAUAGUUUGGACGGUUACCAUACAAUUUGUAUCAAAGAGGAUAUCCGGAAUUUUGGGAAAGUCUUUCUACCUAUCUUUUAUGCACUGGCCUUAAUAAUUGGACUUGCAGGGAACGCCCUAGUGGUGGCCAUUUACACCUAUUAUAAGAAGCUGAAGACCAAGACAGAUGUGUACAUCCUUAAUCUGGCCAUAGCAGAUAUUCUGCUUCUCCUGACCCUUCCCUUUUGGGCAGCAGACGCUGUCCAUGGUUGGGAGCUGGGGGAAGUAAUGUGCAAGAUUACCUCAGCUUUGUAUAUCACAAACUUCAGCUGCGGCAUGCUCUUCCUCGCCUGCAUUAGUAUAGACCGAUACCAAGCCAUAAUCGAAGCCCGAACCGGAAAGGGCAAAAGCCUGAUCAUCUGUUUAAUUGUUUGGGUGGCUGCAGUCCUCCUAAGCCUCCCUGAGCUUAUCUUUACCACUGUGGGUGAAUCACAGGGUGGAACUAGGAAGAUAUGUCACCCUGUGUACCCUACGAAUAUGGCUCGGCCAGCCAAGGCAACUAUCCAGAUCUUGGAGAUACUUUUCAGCUUUGGGAUCCCUUUCAUAGUCAUGUUGUUCUGCUACACAAAAGUGUCUCACGCUCUUAUAAGAACCCCAAACGUUAAGAAAUGGAGAGCUUUCAAGGUGUUGUUGGCAGUUGUGGGUGUGUUCAUUCUGACCCAGCUGCCAUACAACAUUGUAAAGCUCUGCCGGUCAAUAGACCUGAUCUACUCCUUCUUAAGUGACUGUGAAACCAGCAAAAGAUUUGACAUGGCUAACCAGAUAACAGAGAGCAUCGCCCUUUUCCACAGCUGCCUCAACCCUAUCAUGUACACCUUUGUAGGCGUCUCCAUCAAAAACCACAUUCUGAAAUUCUUAAAGAGCUUCAGUAAUCGUCAAAGAAGAAACUGGGAAAACGUCACAGAAAUUUCAUUGAAUUCCCAUUCCAACUCUGAAAACACCUGUACUUUCUCAAUAUAGGAAGACAAACUAGGCUAAACUUUCAAUGAGUGUAGGAGGUGCAGGAACUACUGCUGAAAGUGAACAGUUUCAAAAUGUACUAAAAAAACCAAUACAACUGGCCCUUACUGAUUUGUCUGCCUCUGAAGUAAAUUCUGUAAAUUCUGAGACAAUGUUUCAGUUUUAUACUUCAACUUAAUAUAGAAGAUGUUUCAUGCAAUUGGCCACAGGAUUUUUGGCAUGCCAUGUAUUACAUGAUUACAAAAUCAUAAUGCAAAGUUCUAGAUGUAAAAGUACAAAAAAAAAGAUUACAGCAGUCACCCAAAAAGUUGAUGUAAUUUCAAAAGACAUCCUGUACUGUACUUUAUAUUCUAUAACAUCUACCAGGAAUCUGCUGCAUGGUGUUACGUUCAUUAAUUGCAAGCCUGCAUUUGAAACCAUUGUAUAACCUAUUUUUAAAAAACAAAUUCAAUA